ACUGCGAUUCUGCGAUUCAAAUCAAGUUAUCGAUCCCUUCGCGGCGACAAUUUCCAACGAACAAACUGCUUAUAAAAUCAAGAAAUUGUCCUGUAAAAAUGCUUCCGUUCUUCCCAUCGCUGCGGCCAGCCGUGGCCAACAGUUUGUGGUUCGCGGUGGACGAAUGCUGCGACGAGGACGCCGAAGUGAACGCCAUGGAAAACGAGAAUUCAGAAUGGAUAAAUCGAAUCCAACAAGUUGGAUCGGAUUUGGUUCCGAUCGGAAAGCAUGUGAACGAGCACAAUGAUAACAUGGACUCGGAGGAUGAAGACGCAAACGACGAAAGCGACGACUCGGACAACUCGGAUGAGGACGACGAAGACAUGGAGGAGGUCAAUGCAACCCGGGCCAACGGUCGUAUCGGCAUGGAACCGGGUUACCAAAACGAGGAUGACGAAAUUCAGGUGAACGACACCCUUUGAGUGUAGAGUUGUUGCAGUUUAUGGACUCUUUCUUUCGAUGUGAUAAAAGGCCGUUCCUCCUUCAACUUGUACAAUUUAUUUUAUCUCACUUUAUUUAUAUGUAACUUGAAAAAACUAAAAAUACAUUUACAUUUCCGUAAUCCAAAGGA